AUGAGCUCGAUAAGUCCUAAUAAAUCAGCGUCACCCGCUCGACAAUGUGACCAUACUACAGACAGUCGUAGUCACACUCUACAUCUUCCUGACAUCCAUCCAUUCCACAAUAAACAUUAUGAGAAACUUGCUGAUGACACACCAGCUCCAGAACACCACAUGACCAUCUCUGAAGUUUCACCCCAUAUCAAUACAGUUCAUUCAGCACCAUCCAUGUGUUCAUCUGGUCUCCAUCGGCAACGUUCAUUUGAUUCGGAUACAUUUGACAGACAACUAUCUGUACUCGAUCCAAUGUCGGAUCGAGUUAGUACUAUACUUGUAUGGCAAAAUUUAACUGUGCAAAUUCGAGAAGAUAAAAGAAAAGAAGCUUUUCAACGCGUGAAAUCAUACAAAACUUUCGUUCCGAAGAGAAAAUGCUUAUUAAAUAAUAUCAGUGGAGCAAUCACAGGCGGCUUAUGGGCAGUGAUGGGUCCGUCUGGUUCUGGCAAGUCUACUCUUUUGAAUACAUUGGCUUGUCGUUUGGACGUCAACACUGUCGUUGAAGGUGAAAUGCGUCUCAAUGGUGCACCCUAUGAUAAUGCUGAAUUGAAAUGCAUUGCUGGCUAUGUUAUGCAAGAUGAUCUCUUGAAUGGAUAUUUAACUGUUGAAGAGACUUUGAUGUAUACAGCUAAACUACGUUUACCAAGAACAUUUACGGAUAAACAAAGAAAAGAACGUGUAGAAGAUGUUAUGGCUGACCUAGGUUUAUCACAUGUUCAUGACGUUAUUGUUGGUACACCAUUGAGAAAAGGUGUCUCAGGUGGUGAACGUAAACGCUUAUGCGUUGGCAUGCAAUUGUUAAGUCGCCCACAGCUACUCUUUCUUGAUGAACCAACAUCAGGCCUAGAUUCGGUAACUGCGCUUGAACUUCUACGAACACUUCAUGCACUGGCACAUGGUAAAUCUCAAGACAAGGCUGUCACAAUCGUUUGUUCAAUUCAUCAACCGCAAUCGAAAAUCUUCAAUCUAUUCGAUUCAUUAAUUUUACUCAAAGCUGGAAGUAUCAUUUAUCAAGGUCCAAGAAAGCAUGUGAUGGAUGUCUAUCGUAUAUCUGGUUAUCCAUGUCCAUUGUAUACAAAUCCUGCCGAUCAUCUACUAGAUGUGAUCACACCACCAAAAAGUAAUGCACUCGCUGGUGGACAAACAAUAUCUCUUCAACAACAGGCUGCAACCGACGCUGCAUUAAUAGCCACUCAGCCACCCAUCGAUAUUGAUCUAAACAUGGGUGUUGACAAACGUUUGGAACAAAUGGGUAGUUUACCAUUGAAACCGACUUGGUUGAAACAAGUGCAAAUACUUCUCCAACGAAAUUUCCAGGAACAAAUUCGUCAAUCAAAAAUCAUCGUCAUCUCACUUAUUCAAACCAUUAUUAUGGCUAUUUUAAUCGGAACUGCCUUUCUUCGUAUUGGUCAAUCACAGUCGAGUAUUGUCCGUCGUGAACCUGUAAUUUUCUUUUGUGCUGUCAAUCAAGGUGUAUUCGGUGCAUUAAUGGUUAUCAACUCGUUUCCUGUGGAACGCGCAUUGACCCUACGUGAACGUGCCUCUGGAACGUAUUUUGCGAGUGCUUAUUUCACAGCGAAAAUUAUCGCAGAUACUCUCGUUCAAAUACCAGUUCCAAUCAUAUUCUCAUGCAUCGUCUAUUUUCUGAUUGGCUUGGAUGCGACAGUUGAAAAGUUUUGCAUCUUUACUCUCUUGAUGUUACUAUGUUCAAUUGCUGCAACAUCGUUAGCUUUGAUGGUUUCUGCCAUUUGUAAAACAACCGAUAUGAGCGUCACUGUGCUUCCAAUGGCUUUGGAAGUUACACGUUUAUUCGGUGGCUUCUUCUUAGCACCAUCACGUUUACCGAAAUAUUUUGCGUGGCUCGAUGCUCUGUCAUAUGUUAAGUACACCUAUGUUGGUGCAAGUUUAAAUGAACUACGCGGAUUGAAAUUGACAUGUACAGAAGCUGAUCGAGCCAGAUAUUCAUGUAUCGAAAAUGGUGAAUACUUCAUCCGAGAACUUGGACUCGAUUAUAUAAGUGUCGGCGGUUGUAUGGGAAUAUUAAUUGGAUACAUUUUCGUCUGUCGUCUUAUUGCGUUUCUCGGCGUUCGAUUUCUUAAACAUUAA